AUGAAUCGAAUAAAACUUGCCUCAGAGCCGCUGAGAUCACGGUCAAAGAUACUUACAAAUAGCGCGGCGGAGUUUGUCGAAUUACGUGCUGCGCCAACUAUUCUCGAUGAACUGGGCCACGAUAGAGAGGGCAACAACACCCUGACAAGCAAUGAAAAUGACGUUUCUGAGUUUGACCCUGUGUGUGACAGAUUUUGGAAUAAGGAAGAAGCCCAUAGCCAGAAAGAGAUACUUAAGGAGUCUGACGAACAGUUGGAGUGUUUCCAAACCACUCUAAGACAGUUCAAUACUUUGCUGGAGAAGCAAGACAUCUUCAAGAAGCUCAGCCUUACACCUCGUGAUCCGACCACCUACGACGUUGACUACGUCAUUGAGGUAGCCAACAAGAUCAACGAUUACAAAUAUCGUAAAGAUCAAAAGGAUAAUACUCAAAGGUGCAGAGCUUUCAUGCAGAAGUGUGCUGAGAGUAUUGCCAGUCGACGAAGGGUCAUUAGUGGGAUCUUGAGUAUGAUACCAGGCGAUGCAUAUGGAUCCGUCAUCUCCGGAGGUUUCUCUCUUAUCCUACUGGUACUGGCUGCUGAGGUUCAUCAAGCUGGCCGUGUUGAAAUCCAAUCUGCACUCGCAGAUAUCCCACGCAAGCUCGAGGAUAUAAAGAGAUUCGCUGAGAUACUUAUGCCAUCUCCAAAUCUUUACAGAAGUGCCAACGGUGUAUUCAUUGCAAUCUUUGCAGUAUUGGAAAGGAUAAUAGCUAAGCUUUCAAAGACUUUGAUGCAAUCGAUAGCCUUCAAGCUCAAGGGCAAAGACUCCGGUAUUACAGAGGCUCUUGAAGCCCUUGAUUACCAGGUUUCUCGAUUCAAAGUCGAUGUAGACUUUUGUAGGGACCGGAGACUGGGUCAAGCAUGUGAGACUAUGCAGAAGGUCGUACAAGAAGUGACCGGCGUUAAAGCUAUUACUCGCGAGCUUGAAAACCGGGUCCAGUCUACAUUGCAGGAACAUAAAGCAUUAAAUAAAGCCCUGCUGGAUUCACUCUAUCAGUUUCUUACCAGCAACCCUGCCUACAACCCAGCCAAUAACACAGUUAAUGCGCGGGCUCUAUCUUAUCCAGAAGCAGAGAAUCCUACAACUACAAACAAGAUUGCGGAUACAACGAGCCCGAUUCCCCAGAACAAGGAGUUAGCGGCGGACUGGCUUGAACAUCUUGGAGACUUUGAACCUACUUCUCACAAACAUAUCAAGCAGCUCGUCUCGGGGCUCGGAGACCUUGAGCCCGAUGAACAGGACAAGUUCGAGUGGAUUCUGAAAUCAGGCGAGCUUCAGCAGUGGCAACGCUGUAUGUAUUCCACUAUUCUCGACGUUCGCCCUGAAGAUUCGCCUGAAGAGGACAACAACGCGUUAUCAUUGGCAAGUGCCAUUAUCCAAACAUCUCUAGAGACUGUAGACGACAUUCUGGUGAUGGGCUUCUUCUGUGGGCUUAGGACGACAGACUCACGCCAUUCCAGUGAGUCAGGGCCCAUGGCUCUUCUGAACAGCCUUAAUGGGCAAUUUGUCAGAUUCCUCGCCGAGAAAAGAGCAUCGGCCGAUAUGAAAUUCCUGGGCAAAGGUAAAUUGAGAAGGAAAUCAACCGUGGAGCCCAAGUAUGCGCUCCAGCUCUUCGAGGAAUGUCUUCAGCGUCUCCCAGAGCGUGAAAUUGUGGUCAUCAUCAUUGACGGCUUUUCUCGUCUCACCGGCAACAAGGACACGGGCCAUAGAAUCAUCAAGAAACUGUGUCAGAUGAUGACUGACUAUCCUGACAUUAUUAUCAAGAUUUUGAUUACCGAUGCGCUACCAACGUGUCCUUCGAAGGAUCUUGCGACCCACUCGCUUUACGUGCCCAACGAAAUUGACGGUGAUAGAAAUGAUGUUGAUGUGGAGGUGCUCAGAGAUGAAAGUAGGACUUGUAUCCUCGACUUUCAGGAUAAAAGGCAAAAGGAGGGCGAAGGUUCAGCCGAGAGCUCCGAUGAAUCCGGUAAUGACAGUGACUGGUAG